AUGGCUGCAACAACACUUCUGGGCCUCCUGGAUUCCCUGACGCAGUCUCUCUCCUCUACUUUCGAGGCUUCUGUGAAAAUACCCUCAGUCGAGUCACCAAAAGACGGCAUAUCACUACUCGACGUCAAGAACGAGUUACUCCUAGCCUACCUCCAGAACUUGGUCUUCCUGAUCCUGGUUAAGCUGCGGAAAGGAAAGCUGCACGAUGCAGCCGACUCAGACAACAGGUCAAGUAUCGACGAUGGAGUUGUCAAGAAGCUCGUCGAGCUGAGGCUCUAUCUUGAGAAAGGCGUUCGGCCCCUCGAAGACAAACUGCGUUACCAAAUCGAAAAAGUCCUGCGCGCAGCCGACGAUGCAGCGCGAAACGAGAAGGCCGCACAAGCUGCUGCAGACUCCGAUCACGGCUCAAAAUCCGGCACUGGAAGUGACGAGGAUUCCGACGAGGACGACGAGGACGACAAGGAUGAUGGAGAAAGUGGACCCAAUGUGGCUGACCUGGCGUUCCGGCCCAGUAUGAGCGCCGUCUCUCGAUCCACCAUUCAAGCUGCUGCGAAAUCCAAGAAGGAUGCCAAUGGUAUAUACCGACCACCCAAGGUCGCUCCCACGGCAAUGCCGACAACCGAGAGACGGGAAACUCGGGAACGAGGACCCAUCAAAUCGGCGACGAUGGACGAGUUCGUUGCAGACGAGAUGUCCAGUGCCCCUCUUGCACAACCCAGCAUUGGUACAAACAUUGUGCAAUUCGGGCGGAGAAUGAAGACGGCAUCUGAGCGAAAGGAGGAGGAUGAGCGCCGCGACUACGAAGAGCGUAACUUUGUGCGCCUGCCUCUGGCGAACAAGAAGGAUCGUGCAAAGGCAGCAGCAGUGGAAAGCCGUAGGGGCCGCAUGAACUACGGUGGUGAAGAGUUCAGGGAUCUCAGCAUGGGCGUUGACAGGAUCAACAGGUUGACGAAGAAAAAGGAUGGCGGCAGCGGAACGAGGGCGCUGCUAGAAAAGAGCCGCAAGAGAGGUCCCGAGACCGUUGAUGGCCCCAGGGGCAGCGGCGAUAAUAUGGGCGAUAGAUAUCAGAAGCGGCUUAAGGUGCUGGACAGCGGUCGCAGGGAUAGAGGCAAAGGCCGAAGGUCUUGACCGAGGCCAGUUGCAAAAUCAAUGUUGCUUGAGUAGGCGCUUCUGGUUUCCACUAUACCGCAAGAUGCGAGGACAAUGGUCAUCCGCCUCUCCGCGUGAAACUAUUCUCUUGACAACCCGAAAAAAUAUAUCGCU